AUGGAGAAAAGCGAAAAAGUCAAAUUCUCGCACGACGACAUUAUCACUCCAAGCGAAAGUCAAGAUCUGCCAUCUGAUUAUACUGAUGGAGAAUUCAAACUUCUGAGGCGAAAAGUGGACAGAUAUCUCCUCCCUCUUAUGUGGCUUUGCCAUGGUCUUCAGUCAGUUGAUAAAGCCUGUGUUGGUACACAGGCGACAUUUGGCUUGCGUGAAGAUACAGGUCUUGUUGGGCAGCAAUACUCAUGGCUCACUACGGUUUUCUACCUCACAUAUAUGUGCUUCGAAUUCCCAUCUAUCGUUCUAUUACAGCGAUAUUCAAUGGGACGGGUUCUUUCGCUAUAUAUUAUCGGCUGGGGGUUAGUGGUACUGUGUAUUGGAUUUUCACAGAACUUUACCCAUCUCAUCACCCUUCGCGCUCUCCAGGGAAUAUUCGAAUGCUGUAUAAGCCCUGGGUUUCUUUUGGUUGUUGGGACAUGGUAUACCACACGAGAACACCCUUCCAGAGCCUUAGUAUUUCAAACCGGGUAUGCUGGAGUUAGUAUCAUCACUGACUCGGUAAUAUAUGGGAUUGGGUCUGUCACCGAUAAGAACCCCGAUUUUCAGGCUUGGAGAUAUAUAUCCUUUUUUCUGGGCGGCUUCACCAUACUGGCUGGGUUACUAUGCCUCCUUUUCCUUGGAACACCAUCCGAAGUACAUUGGCUAUCGACGGACGAAAAAAAGAUAGCCAUCGCCCGUGUGAUGGCUAAUAACACUGGUCACGAUCGAACAGGUAUGAAGGAUUGGAAAUGGGGACAGGCUAGAGAGUGCUUGGUGGACCCAACGUUUUGGUUUGCCGGAAUUAACGCUUUUGUGGGAGCAGUCCCUAAUGGGGCAUUGUCGACAUUUUCGGCGAUAUUGAACACAACAUUUGGCUUUACCAAUUUGGAAGUGCUCCUCCUGAACAUUCCGAAAUGUAUUUUCGCAGUGCUUUACUUUCUCGCAGUUGGAGUCUUGGUUACUAAAAAGAAGAACCUUCGCAUGUGGGUUAUGAUGAUCUCUACAAUUCCUGCAAUUAUUGGGUUUAUCCUUCUAGCUGUCCUUCCCAAUGAACCCCGAUAUAAAUGGACGAAGUGGGGAGCAGUCUUCAUGACGUGCACAUUCAUAACUGCUACAUUCUUUGCAUGGUCAUUAGUUACGUCAAAUGUUGCCGGACGGACAAAGCGUACUGUCGUUUCCACAAUAACGUUCUUGGGUUAUUGUAUUGGAAAUAUGGCUGGCUCGCAAAUUUUCCAAGCAAAGGACGCGCCUCGAUAUAUCCCGGGAAGCAUCGGUUGUGCUGUAUGUUUAGGCGUACAGAUGUUAAUCAUAUUCCAGUGGAGAGUUAUCCUUAACAUGCGAAACAACCGCAGAGAUAAGCAGAUGAACGAACUAGGAAUCACAGAAGAUGAUAUAGUAAAAAAUGGUAGAGAGAUGGGAGCACAGGACUGUACAGACCUUGAGAAUCCUUAUUUCCGAUACGUAAUGUAA